ACAUGUGACUGGAACGCUGUCAGCCCUGCCUUGGAGAAUUUGGGGAAUAAUCCUGACUUUAACUAGCUGGAGAUGGUAUCUCGGGCCAAAGUUCCGGGUCUGCAGCGAAUGCCGUAGCCGCCCGUCCCUGCCCGUGUCUGUGCUCCCGGCAGCUUUCGCUUUCGCGGGGCAAAGUCUCGGCCGCCCGGGACAUGGAGGGACGCGCAUUCCCGGCCGGCCCCGCCCGCGGGGGCCGAGGGGGCCGGGGCCGGGGUGGGGGCCGGGGCCGGGGCCGGGGCCGGGGCCGGGCUGCGGAGCGGCUCCCGCGGGCCCCCGUUCCCGUUCCCGGGCGGGCCCCCGUUCCCGUUCCCGGGCGGGCCCCCCAGGCCGGGCCCGGCCCCGCGGCCGCGGAGCAGCGGCUGCUGCAGGCGCUGGGCGGGCUGAGCCUGGGAGCCCCGCGGGCCGGCGGCAGGCUGGUGCUGCUGCGGGGGCUGCCGGGCGCCGGCAAGAGCACCCUGGCCAGGCAGCUGAAACGUGACCACCCUGGUGCUGUAGUCCUUAGUACUGAUGACUUCUUUGUUGAAAAUGGUGUCUACAUCUUUGAGCCUGACUUCCUAGAGGAUGCACACAAGUGGAACCAGAAAAGAGCACGCAAGGCCAUGAAGAAUGGGAAAAGCCCAGUUAUUAUUGACAAUACCAACAUCCAUGCUUGGGAAAUGAAGCCAUAUGUGAUGAUGGCACAUGAAAAUAGAUAUGAAGUUACAUUCCAAGAACCGGACACACCCUGGAAGUUCAAUGUUCAAGAACUAACAAGAAGAAAUAUUCAUCAGGUGCCCCGGGAAAAGAUACAACGGAUGAAAGAACAAUACGAGCACAAUGUUACCUUCCACAGUGUUCUCCGGUCUGAAAAACCAAGCAGGGAUGAGGGAAGCUACAGUGGAGCAAGUGCAGCUCAUGGCACAGGUCCCCAUCCCAGCCACCUUUCUGCCUUGCCAAGGAGGAGACCUGGCACGGCACGUACAAAUGUGACAUUUAACUGAAAAUGUGCAUUCCUUGGUCUUUUAAUCAUCAGGUACAAGAGCCUCUAGUUUUACAUUUUUUUGUAAACUGUUUUUUAUUCUUGAGUUUUUCUACUGUAUUUCUAAAUUACUUUUAUUUCCUACAAACCUUUAAAUGGCAUUGGCCUGUGAUCUCACAGCUCUACAGGACCACUGUAAGAGCCCUGUAUCCAGUAUAAACUGUACUUCCUCUUGUCCUUCUUCCUCCAGGAAAAUCCAUUCAGGCACAUGUGAAAUGUACUGGCUCUACCACAUGCCACUUUUUGGUGUUAUUUUCUGCAUUGCAGUCUGACGCUAGCAAUAAACAUUCCUAAUUUAUUUCUGUCUUAAGGCCAUUGUGGCCAAUUCUUUCCCCACACAACUGGCAUUUCUUGCCAUUUUUAUGCUUUAUAUGUGACUGUAUACACUUUUUAUAUCUCCUGUAACUUUCAGAGGUAAAGUGAAUGAUACAAAAAGUAGCUCAACCGAUUGUAGAAAGAUUUGAUGCUGUUCCCUUUUCACUGGCUGGAUUCAUGCUGGUCUUACCUCACAGACAGCUUCUCCAGCCUGGAAGCAAAACACUUCAACAGAGCAAACUUAGCUCUUCACCUUGCCAAGACAUAGGAGUUCACUGACCCCAAGAUGGAGAGGCUCCAAAAAUGAAACAUUAGUGUUAGGCUUGUGCUUGUUAACUCCUAAGUGGGAACAGGGCUACAGGAGCAGCUCUGAACACUGAAGCAGAAACACAGACUGAGGAACUAUUGCAUGGCAUUUUGCUCUGAAUCAAAUAAUCAUAGCUGUUCUUUAAAGCGUUUUUAGUGCUAUAUGGAAAGUCUGCAGAGAAUAGUACAAGAACGGUGCCAGAACAGCAGACCAACAUUUCAGGAUUAAAGUGUUCUGUAUGGUGAAAAUAAGAGAACUUUUUAUUAUGCCCUGUGCCACUUUGGACAGCCAAACAACUAUUCUAAUGUUUCAGAGGGUAACAAAACUGAUGGCUUUAGACUGAAACAAAGAUCCUGCUGUAAUGUAAGAACACAGAAUCAAUGGCUUACAAAAAUGUCAUCAAACCUUCAGCCACACUGAAGCUAUUGUACAGUACAUCUUUGUGAGAAGUGUUUACAUACUAACUAUUGCACAACUAUUUUGCAAAUGAAGUGGUAUUUAAUGAGUCUGUUUUUGUAAUAGAACUUUAUUAAAUACAAUCAAGUUUUAAUGUACAAAGUGUAAAAAUAAUUUGAAUUUGAAAUAUAUACAAUACUGUA